GGUCGCGGAGCCGAGGCCGCGCGGGCACUCGCCGGGAGAAUGGACGGGGCCGGGGAGCGCAGCCUCCCGGAGCCGGGCAGCCGGGGCUCCCGGGCGGGAGACGACAUGGAGAUCGUCGUCAACGUGGGAGGCGUGCGGCGGGUGCUGUACGGAGACCUCCUCAGCCGGUACCCCGAGACCCGGCUAGCGGAGCUCAUCGACUGCUUGGCCGGGGGCUACGACACCAUCUUCUCCCUGUGCGACGACUACGACCCCGGGAAGCGCGAGUUCUACUUCGACAGGGACCCGGACGCGUUCAAGUGUGUCAUUGAGGUGUACUAUUUCGGGGAGGUCCACAUGAAGAAGGGCAUCUGCCCCAUCUGCUUCAAGAACGAGAUGGACUUCUGGAAGGUGGACCUCAAGUUCCUGGACGACUGCUGCAAGAGCCACCUGAGCGAGAAGCGCGAGGAGCUGGAGGAGAUCGCGCGCCGCGUGCAGCUCAUUCUGGACGACCUGGGCGUGGACACGGCCGAGGGCCGCUGGCAGCGCUGCCAGAAGUGCGUCUGGAAGUUCCUGGAGAAGCCCGAGUCUUCGUGUCCGGCGCGGGUGGUGGCCGUGCUGUCCUUCCUGCUCAUCCUCGUCUCGUCGGUGGUCAUGUGCAUGGGCACCAUCCCUGAGCUGCAGGUGCUGGACGCCGAGGGCAACCGCGUGGAGCACCCGACGCUGGAGAACGUGGAGACGGCGUGCAUCGGCUGGUUCACGCUGGAGUACCUGCUGCGCCUGUUAUCCUCGCCUAACAAGUUGCACUUCGCCCUGUCCUUCAUGAACAUCGUGGACGUGCUGGCCAUCCUCCCCUUCUACGUGAGCCUCACGCUCACGCACCUGGGCGCCCGCAUGAUGGAGCUGACCAACGUGCAGCAGGCGGUGCAGGCCCUGCGGAUCAUGCGCAUCGCCCGCAUCUUCAAGCUGGCGCGCCACUCCUCGGGGCUGCAGACCCUCACCUAUGCCCUCAAGCGCAGCUUCAAGGAACUGGGGCUGCUGCUCAUGUACCUGGCCGUGGGCAUCUUCGUCUUCUCGGCCCUGGGCUACACCAUGGAGCAGAGCCACCCGGAGACCUUGUUUAAGAGCAUCCCGCAGUCCUUCUGGUGGGCCAUCAUCACCAUGACCACGGUUGGCUAUGGUGACAUCUACCCCAAGACCACCCUGGGCAAGCUCAAUGCAGCCAUCAGCUUCCUGUGUGGGGUCAUUGCCAUUGCCCUGCCCAUCCACCCCAUCAUCAACAACUUUGUCAGAUACUACAACAAGCAGCGAGUCCUGGAAACGGCAGCCAAGCACGAGCUGGAGUUGAUGGAGCUCAACUCCAGCAGUGUGGGCGAGGGCAAGACAGGGGGCUCCCGCGGCGACCUGGACAACCUCCCGCCAGAGCCCGCUGGGAAGGAGGGGCUGAGCUGGAGCAGCCAGCUGAAGAUCUCCCGCAGCGACACCUUCAUCCCCUUGCUGACCGAGGAGAAGCACCACAGGACCCGGCUCCAGAGCUGCAAGUGACGAGGGACGACCUGCGCACAGACGGACUGGGCUGGUGGAUAGACGGAUGGACGGGUGUGACAGGCCUGCCAGUGACUGCCCGGGAGGGGCCGUCCUUUGUCCCCCAGCCCUCUCCUGAACAGAACUCUGAAGGCCCCCUUGGGCACCUCUGAUGAGGCCGGGUAAGAUCCCUUUGUGUUUCCGGCUGU